UCUUGUACCUCAACCUGUGCACUCUGAGGUCUCACUUCAUUGCUUCAUGUGCAGCAAACUGCCACUAAGCUUCAGUUUGAGUUCCAGAAUCUUUGUUGGGCUAAACACAAGUAGAUGUUUGGUUGACAACAAGAAACGUGGUUAACCAGAUAAGUAUGCGCAGUGACAAUGCUAACUGAAAACUAAUGAAGGACAACUUACAACAAAGGCCUUAUAAAUAAAACUUGUCCUGGAAACUUAAAGACUUUUAAUGCAGAAGGAUGCAAAUCAGAGAGAUCCAGAAUUCAAAGUAUGGUGUUAAACCUUGGGGUAGUGCAUAUGUUGGGGAAGAUCUGGGUCCAAUUCAGCAGACUCUACCAGUGGAACCUACUACACUUCUCAGAAACACAGAGUUUGAGGAUGUCUCAAAGGCAUUCAGCCCGCCCUGGAACAGGAAGUGAGGCCAACUCUCCUGUCAAGUUCAAGUACCCCAGCCUCAGAGAUUUUUGUUCCACAUCUUCCUUUGAAGAUAGUGGCCAUCAUGAGUUGUCAAAAUCUUUUGAUAAUACAAAUAAAGAUUUUUUUGGAGAGCAAGAAAAGGACCCAGUAUUAAUUCACAAACACCCUGAAAUUUCAGGCCUGGGCUCAAUGCAUUCCCUAGAGUCUCCUGUUCAAACAAUGAAAUUUGUCUUCCCUAGGAAGGAAAAGGAUAUGACCCCAGAACUAUGUGAAACUCCCAAAAUUGGUGGAAAAAAAUCUUUACCACGUAGAAGGUUAGAUGUAUCUUUCUCUCUUCUAAAGAAAGAUUUUGAAUCACAAAACAGUUCUCAAAGUAGUAUAAGCCAACCUCUCAACUUAGAAAAGAGUAUUUCUAACAAUGCUUCAGGAUUUCCAAGGCGAAAUAAUUUUAGCCCUUUAGUUACUAGCAGUGUAAAAACCGAAGAAGUGACUUCUAGCAGUCAAAAUUUAAGACUAAAUUUUUCUCAACACAAGACUUCCACAAUUGAUGAUUCCAAAGAUGAUGGUAGCCUAUUUGAAGUUGAAUGUAUAUCUCCAAUUCAGGGCAAUAAUUUUAAAGAUUCAAUCACACAUGACUUUAGUGAUAGCAGUUUAAGUGUUUAUGAAAAUACAUAUCCUGAACUUCUGGACUCCUCUGGUAGUAGAACAACGUAUAGAAGAGAUGAAGACAUAUUUCUGACUCCAGUAAGUAAUUUUGUAGUAAACAUUAAAUUUGCUGCAAGUCAAACACUUUCUCCUUCAACUGAGGUGAGAGGUAAUUUUUCCACUCCCGAAGACAGUGGUUUUAACUCACUGAGCUUGGAUAAGUCAGAAGAUUCCUUCUCUGAUCAGGAGGGUUCUUUUCAAGAACUACUUCAGAAAUAUAAAGGGAAUCGCAAUGUGGGAGAUACCAUAAGAAAAUCAGGGCAUCUUGGCAGGUCAAGAAGACUGUCCACUCUUCGGGAGCAAAGCUCACAGUCAGAGUCAGAGGAGGAAAAGCAGAUCAUCCACCCCAACUCUGAAACAAGACUGGCAGCUGCUUCAGACAUCUUGGAGAGUCAGCUGAGCACUGAUAGUAAGAGUAGUAAUUUGACUUUAAGCUUUAAGAACUUAUCAAAGACCCCAGCCUUGCAAUUAGUGCAUGAACUCUUUAUGAAAAGCAAAAGGAAGAGAUUCCAGAGAAAGGAUACCAAUGAAUUCUUCGAUGAAAGGGAUGGGGGGAACAUAGCUGUACUGCAGUGUGUGCUUGCUGGUCUGAUUGGCAAGAAGAUGGGUAUAGAACAACUGGACAUCUUAUCAGAAUUGAAAUAUAGAAAUUUAAAGCAUAUCCUUACUAUGGUUUUAGAUUCCUUGACUGAAGAGAGUCUAUACAGUGUUUGGAAAGUCAGCAGAAAUUGGCGUGAAAUUGUUGUGCAAGAUAAAAAAGCAAAUCGGAGAAGGAAAUAUUAUAUUACACAACUGAAAGCAAAUUCUGAGGGGGCUGUAUUAAAUGUUGAGGAUGCUGCCACUCGGCUCCAUCUUUUAAAUCGCUCAGCUUUAAGAUCAGUGCAAGCACAGGCUCGGACACCCAUUUCUCAGAAAGAGCAAGUCCCAACUGUAUCUCCUUGGGGAGAAGUUUUGACACCUGUGGCAAGCUCUUCACUUACCCACUUAAGCUGUAAACAGGAAGAAUAUUUUAAGGUGGCCAGGACACUUUUUAUUGAUGAAGCAUUAAAACCUUGCCCAAGGUGCCAAUCCCCUGCCAAGUACCAGCCAUAUAAAAAAAGGGGACUGUGUAGCCGCACAGCUUGUGGUUUUGACUUUUGUGUGUUAUGUCUGUGUGCUUAUCAUGGGUCUGAAGAAUGCAGUAAAGGAACAGCAAAGCCAAGGAAUAGAAAAGAUGCCCUCCCAGGAAGCGCCCAGAGUAAACAGAAUUUAAAACGCCUGUAAAGAGACUUCAAAGAAAUGUUCCUCUAUGCAGUGCUUUAUUUUUCUGACUUAAAAUUAUGACUAUUUUGAACACAUGCAAA